AUGGAGGGAGCAAACCGCACGGGUCAAUCCUCCAAUGAAAAAGGCGAGAUGGUUGAAUACUUUCUUCAGGCCUUGGAGCCUACUUACUUCGGCCAUUUGAUCUCAGCCACUGGUAAGUCUUUCAAGGAUGUGGUAAAGAUGGGAGAGAUGGUGGAAGAGGGGCUCAAGUCGAGCAAGAUCAUGAGCUACUCCGCUAUAAAAGCAACCACACAGGCAAUCCAGAGUGGUACCGGAAGUUUGCUAGGCAAGAAGAAGAAGGACAAUGUCGCUACGGUUGUUUUUGGACCAUGGCAUGGCCAGAGGGCUCCACAAAAUACUUAUCCACCUCCACAACCCUACCAAAACCCUACUGGUCCAAAUUUUCGACCAAGGCCGGAGUAUAAAAGAGAAAGGCAGCAGCGGAAACAAACUUUCACCCUGCUUGGAGAAUCCUAUACUAGUUUGUUUCAAAGGUUAAGGCAGUUGGAUGUCUUGAGGCCUAUUGAGUCAAAGAUACCAAAUCCCCCUCCAAAGAACCUUGAUUAUUCCCUCAUAUGCGCCUAUUGUUCUGAUGCUCCAGGGCAUGUCAUAGAGAAGUGUUGGCAUUUGAAAAGGGCAAUCCAGGAGCUCAUUGGUACAAACCAAAUUGUAGUCCAAAGCCCAGACACGCCGAACAUAAACCAAAACCCUUUGCCAGCCCAUGCAGAGACGCAUAUGAUUGAAAUAGUUCAUAAAGAUGGGAAGCCCGAGAAACCUUCCAAGGGUGGCAGAGAAGCUGAGCUCCUCGGUUUGAAGCCACCGGUGUUGGUCGUGAAAGGGCCUUCGAAAGAUAUUGGGGCAAGUCAGGAAAAUCUAAAAGUGGUAGUGCCAGGGGUCCCAAAUAAGCCUGUCAUAGUUGUGAAAGGGUCUCCUAUUACCCCUAUUGUCAUCAAACCAGUGACCCAGCUGCCGGUGGUUGAUAACAAGGCCGUUCCGUGGAAUUACAAACAAGUGAUAGUGACAUACAAAGGAAAAGAGGUGGAGGAAGAAGUCAAUGAAACUGGAGGAUUGACUCGUUCUGGGAGAUGUUUUGCCCCAGAAGAAUUAAGGAAAGCCAAGCCGUUCAAGGAUAGUCAAAUGCUAAUAAAGAAAUCGGUCACCGAAGAAGAGGCUGAAGAGUUCCUGAAAAAUAUGAAAUUGCAAGACUAUUUCAUUGUGGAGCAGCUAAGGAAAACACCGGCUCAGAUCUCUCUUUUGUCUUUGUUGACACAUUUAGAUGAAAAUCGCAGGGCCCUGAUGAAGAUUUUGAAUGAGGCAUAUGUUCCUGAUAAGAUCACAGUGCACCACUUGAAAAAGAUAGCUAACAAGAACUUCGAAGUAAACAGGAUCACUUUCUCAGAUGAUGAACUUCCAAUGGAGGGUACAGAACACAACCGAGCUCUUUAUCGCACGUGCAAAUAUUUGCCCUCUGUCUACUCUGCAAAAGUUGAAGAUCGGCACCAAAAUAAUCCAUAUGAACAAUUAUCUGUUGAGAAGAUUCCUGAAGGAAAAUGCAUUUUGGGCCCUAAGUUGUCCUCCGCAUCUGUCAUGGUAGCAAGUGAAAUGUUGAAGAAUGGUUUUGUACCAGGUAAGGGUCUAGGUUUAUCUCUACAGGGUAUUGUGCAUCCAGUGCGCCCCCGUGGAAAUCUUGGUACAUUUGGUUUGGGAUUCAUGCCCACAGGGAAAGACGUGAAAAGGGUUACAAAUCUAAAACAGAAGGUAUGGUCACUCCCCGAGCCUGUCCCACACAUCCCUAAGUUUUUUGUCAAGCCAGGGGCCGAAAAACCUCUAGUAUCAUCAGUGCCAAAACCUGUGGUCGAUGUUGAUGAAGAGCUGAUCAAGAGGUUCUAG